AUGAAAUUCGUUAUGGCUAGCAGUAAAAAAGACCAAGAUUACGAAACGCUUAUUCGAAAAAUUUUUGAAUUCAAAUGCGAAACAAACCUGCAAGAACAUCGAAAAAAAUUGAAAGAUGAUCCCACAAUUGAGCUCCGAGAAAAAAUGCGUAAAAAAGAAGCAGAAUGGGAAGCCAAACUGUUAGAAAAAGAUGCCGAAUUGAAAAGAGUCAACAAAGAAUUCAACAAUUUUUUGAUAGGACAUUUUCAAGAACAAAAUAAAAUUUUUAACAAUGUUCGAAAACAAUUAAUCAAAGCGAUUCCAGUGGCCGAAAGAGAUCUAAGAAAUUUACAACGAGAAGAGCAAAAACUGAUUUUAUUGACGGAAGAUAAGAUGCGAAAAUUCAAUUUGCAACAACAGCUGUUGGUUGAAGAGCUGCAGAAAAAAUUGAACGAUGAAGAAAUGACUUGGGUCCACGAAUUUAUACGUGAUUGGGAUGAACAAACAGAAAACAUUGUUCGAAUGAUGCAAAAUGGUGCUGAGAUUAGUCCAAUCGACUUGAAUCUUUCGUUUGGCUCAUGGCCAGAAACUGCCAUCAUUGAACCGGUAUUUAGUCAUAAAACAGAAAAAACGAAUGAGAUCAGUACAAGUCAUGAGGAAUUGGCCCCAUCAAAAAAUAAACCACUUACGACUACAAUUGAGAUGGUCAAGCCAAAAAAAUCGGUGAGAUUUUCAAACAUUUUUGAACCAGAACAUCAACAACAGGACACAGAUGAAGCUGAAAAAAAAUUUUUUGAUGAAAAAUUAUUUGACAUGUCCAAAACUGAUGAACUAUUCAACGAAAAAAUGGAAUUUAAUUUCGAUGAAGAUAAUAGCUUAUUGAAAAAAAAUAUGUCUGUAGAUUUGAAAGACAAUUUUAAGUCUGAUUUUGAAUUCAAUUUCGAACAAUCAAUCGAGGAAACAAACGAUAAUGGCACAGAUAAUUUCAUGUUCAACUUCAACAGUAUGGAUGAAAGCUAA